AUGGUCUCCCGGUUGCGUGAUCUAAGAAAAAAUAUGGAACUGAGGCAAGCCCGUCGCCGUGAUUUUUUUCGGAAAGGGGGGGGGGCAAACGGGGAAAAUUUUUUGCUUUUCCCCAUUUCGUGGGUAAUUCUCCCAGGGUUCCUCCUGGCCACGGGCCUGAACUGAGGUCCGUCAUUGCCUGAGACUUCAGAAAAGUUUACUUUUUAAGAAGUAUUUCCAUUUUUUUAUUUUCACGUAUUUCCAUUUGAAGUUUCUUAAAAAUUAAAAUAUUUUUUCCAAAUUUUUAUCAAAAUGGAAAAACAGCCUUUAAAAAAAAGGAAAAAAAAAAGGAAAAACAGCCUUUAAAACUUUAAAAAAUCUUACAAAUUUCUAACCAAACUCUUCUACGCAUUUCCAUUAAAAUAGAAUUGGAUUGACUAUUUUUUGUAUCAACAAUUUCAAGCAAAGAAUCUUUUUCAGCAGUUCUUUUUUCUAUUGCCUUUUCUAAUUCAUUCGCACAUUUUUUAGCCAAUUCAAUAGAAAUUGUUAAAGCUAAAAUAACUGCGUCUUCAUAAAGGCCUUCAAUACACAAAAGAAAUACUCGACAUUCAACAAGACCUGAAAAAUUAGUCAAAAAAUUGAUAAAAAAAAUCUUCCUAAAAAGGAAAAAAUUAAAUUGAAAAAGUAAAAGUAAGGUUGAACAAAACCAGUUAACCGCCCGGUUAAUUUUUCCCCGAGGCCGGUCA